AUGUGGCAUGUAUGUGCACACGCGUGUGUGACCACAGACAUAGCCCUUUUCCACAAAGUCAAGAAAAUCAAGCUGCUGGGGGCACAGGCCCAGAAGUAUGUGCCCAGGGCGGCGCUGGUGGACCUGGAACGGGGCACGAUGGACAGCGUGAGGUCCGGGCCCCUGGGGCAGCUCUUCCCGCCCGACAGCUUCAUCUUCGGCCUGUCCUCCUUCUGCCACCCUCCCCGCCUCUCCCCACCUGCCCUCUGCAAGGACCUCCACAAGUCCCGUUCUCAGUUCAGAUCCACUGAAGACGGUUUUGACAGGAGACUGCUGAGGGGAUACGGCCUCAGCUUCCUGGCCUGGGCGCUAAACUCGUGCUCUCUUGCAGGACAGACAGGCGCCGGCAAUAACUGGGCAAAGGGCCACUACACGGAGGGUGAGCUGGUGGACUCGGUGCUGGACACAGUGAGGCGAGAGUGUGAGCGCUGUGACUGCCUGCAGGGCUUCUAGCUGGCACACUCGCUGGGCGGCAGCACAGGCUCAGGGCUGGGCACACUGCUGCUGGGCAAGAUCUGUGAGGAGUUCCCUGACCGCAUGGUGAAUACCUUCAGUGUCAUGCAGUCACCCAAGGUGUCAGACACCAUGGUGGAGCCCUACAACGGGGCCUUGUCUGUGCACCAGCUAGUGGAGUACACAGACCAGAUCUACUGCAUCAACAACGAGGCGCUGUACGACAUCUGCUUCCGCAUGCUCAAACUGGCCACACCCACCUACGGUGACCUCAACCACCUGGUGUCAGCCACCAUGAGCGGAGUGACCACGUCCCUGCGCUUCCCGGGCCAGCUCAACGGAGACCUGCACAAGCUGGCCGUGAACAUGGUGCCCUUUCCACGCCUGCACUUCUUCAUGCCUGGCUUUGUGCCCCUGACCGCGCGGGGCAGCCAGCAGUUCUGCACCCUGACUGUGCCCGAGCUGACCCAGCAGAUGUUCAAUGCCAAGAACGUGAUGGCUGCCUGCGACCUGCGCCAUGGCCGCUUCCUCACCAUGGCCACAGUCUUCCAUGGCCACGUGUCCAUGCAGGAGGUGGACGAGCAGAUGCUGGCUGCCCAGAGCAAGCACAGCAGCCACUUUGUGGAGUGGAUCCCCAACAACGUCAGGGUGGCUGUGUGUGAUAUCCCACCUCGUGGCCUCCCCACGUCAGCCACCUUCAUUGGCAACAGCAUGGCCAUCCAGGAGCUGUUCAAGCGCAUCUUGGAGCAGUUCAUGGCCAUAUUCUGGCGCAAGGCUUUCCUGCACUGGUUCACAGGUGAGGGCAAGGAUGAGAUGGAGUUCACCGAGGCUGAGAGCAACAUGAACGACCUGGUGUCCGAGUCCCAGCAGCACCAGGAAGCCACGGCCGGUAACGAGGCCUUCGAGGAAGGCGAGGAGGAGGUCCUGGAGUAAUGCCAAGCUGCACUGCUGUGCCUCGGCUCAGAUGGUGCCCGGUGGCCACAGCAGGACACAGGGACACUGGACACUGGAGGGAGCACAGAGGGCAGCAGACAGGUGUGCAGCUGUGGGCGGAGGCCAUUUCACCCUGUGAGGUAGAGCUGGCAGCUCAGCGCUGCCUCAUUUGAAUCCGAUGGGGCCGUUGCAGCAG